UUGUUACAAAAAUGUGAUGUAUUAGUAUUCCAAACAAUUUGUAUGCAGAAUGAAGUAUUUUGCUUUACGUAUUUUAUCAUUACUUUUUUCUACCGCAUAUGGACAAACAUCCGUCAACAGUACUCUAUGGAAAAAUCUACCAAGAGACUGUGGCAAAACAAGAUUUAAUGACUCCGUUGUAGAAGAAAUGGAUGACCGGAUUAUCAAUGGCACCGAGGCUAAACUAGGACAAUUCCCUUGGAUGGCCCGAUUAGGGAUAACACGUGAAAACGCUUCCCCGAUUUUUUUCUGUGGAGGCUCUCUUAUCAGUAGGAUUUUUGUUAUUUCAGCUGCUCAUUGCACAGAUAUGGGUGAUAUAGUAAGACUUGGUCAAACGUACGAAACGGAUGGCACCGAAUGCGACGAGAAAGGCGACUGUGCUCCGCCUUACCAGGAUAUCAAAAUAAAGAGCUACAUAUUCGAGGACUUCUGUCGACUAUCAAUACGUAAUGAUAUCAUGCUGCUAGAACUAGACAAACCAGCUGAGCUUAAUGAUUUUGUGCAACCAAUUUGUCUUCCCCGUGUCUCCAUUCCAUUAAGUAGCCUCGUUGGUAAAAACAUAAUUACAUCAGGGUGGGGUCAGCAAAACGGAACUGACGAUACAAGUUAUCCACAAAAAUUAAUGUAUAUUAUCGUUUCUGUACAAAAUAUGAAAAAAUGCAUACCAUUAUUUCCAAUUUUCGACAGAAACUCACAAUUCUGCUUAACUAGACCCAACGAUAAGAGCGUAUGCUUUGGAGAUUCUGGUUCUGGUGCUUUAAAAUUUAUAAAAAUUGAUGGCGAAAGAAGAGCCCAUUUAAUUGGAAUUACCUCAUAUGGGGGACCAGACUGUACAUUAUACCCUAUAUUUACAUCUGUGCAAUACCACAUAGGCAGAAUUUUGAUACAAAUUAACAAACAUCAGCACAAAAAUAUAAGAACGUGCAUACCUAUAAACAAAAAUGUAUAAACGUGCUUAGAUAAUUUAUGUCUUCAAAUAAAGAUGAAAUUCCUUCUUUCUUUAACCUCCCGUCAACUUUCACUGUUAAUUGUUGUUAUAAUCUGUCUAUCAAAACCGUAGUAAACUAAUGG